AUGGGAGCGACUGGCGCCAAUUCCGAUAUCCCCACCGAUGCUGAUUGGAAAGGAAAUACAGAAUGGCGAGCGUUGACCAGCCGGUUGCUGGACGAGCAUUGGCACACCUUCAUCAUCCGCCCUCAUUUGCCACCCCUCAAGACGGGUAAAUGUCUGGUCCCUGGUGUCCAGCUGGACUUUGAACUGUUCCUGAACCCCAACACGGUCUACGUGAUGGGCACCCCCAACAAAGGCACCUUGAACGCCAAGAAAUUUCCUGCCAUCUAUAAUGAGGACAUCGAAGUCACCUUACUGAUGAGAAAAGUGACCUUGAAUGCUAGUGUCUAUGUCACACUGCAAAAAGAAAGACAACUGGGAAAACAGGUUGUGCGCUACCCUGUGGUUCGAAGUGAAAUCCGCACGUUUUCCUUUGAUGGCCGAACCACCCAGUGGGAACAAGACAAUGUGUUUGUGGGCCGAUUUCCUGAUCGAGUGAUCGUGGGGUUCCUGCAUUCGAAUACCUUCAAUGGAGACCUAGAAAGAUACCCCUUUGCCUUUCAAAAGUUUGGGGUCACCCAAGUACGACAGAGUUUGAAUGGAGAAGAAUAUCCUUACAGACCCCUGGAACUGAUCGAAGAUCAAGCCUAUGAAGAUCUGCUGGGGUACGAUCGGUUCCUGCAGGCCAUGGGUGCCUACAAUGAACACAAGAUUCCCAUGCUGUUGCCCAGUGAUUGGGGACAGGGGAACAACUGCACGUUGUUCAUGUUCAACAAUGUGCCCAGCGGCAAAGCCGAUGACUCCCAGUAUCGCAACCCCCGUCAAUCGGGCAAUGUGCGACUGGUGAAUGAUUUCAGCGCCGCGGUCAAUCACAACAUCACCGUGUUGGUGUGGAGCGAGUACGAAAACGUGUACGAGAUCAAUCAUCUGGGAGGUAUAAAGUACAACAUCCACGGCUGA